AUGGCCUUCUCAGAGACAGAGCAGACGACGAUCAGCCCGCACAACCAGCAGGCGUAUGUGACGCGGCAGUACCCGUCCUCCGCCGAGCUUGAUGCUCAGCUCGACAAGGCCGCGGCGGCUCAGAAGGCCUGGGCGCGUGUGCCGCUCAAGGAGCGUAUCGCUAUCGGGCACAAAUUCAUCGACGAGUUCAAGGCUAUGAGCGAUGAUAUUUGUACAGAGCUGACGGCUCAGAUGGGCCGUCCGAUCGCGCAAACGGCGGGCGAGAUCCGCGGUCUGGCGGAGCGCGCGACGUACAUGCUCUCGAUCGCGGAGAAGUCUCUUGCAGAUGUGACGCUAGAAGACACGGAUAAGCCUGGUUUCAGGAGAUACAUCAAGAAAGAGCCUCUGGGUGUAGUGCUUGUUGUCGCCCCAUGGAACUUCCCCUACCUCGUCUCGGUCAACUCAGUCCUCCCAGCUCUGAUCGCCGGCAACGCAGUGAUCUUCAAGCCCUCGCCACAAACGCCUUUGACCGCUGAACGCUUUGCUCUGGCUCUCACCCGCGCGGGCGUACCCUCAGAUGCGGUGCAGGUCAUUCACCUGUCUCCCAAACUCACAGCGCACGCCAUUCAGAACCCGAAGGUCAACUUCGUUUCGUUCACUGGCAGCGUUGCCGGCGGGCAGGCCGUUGAAAAGGCGGCGGUCGAGGCGCCGGGCUUCACUGGCGUUGCGUUGGAGCUUGGUGGGAAGGACCCUGCGUAUGUGCGCCCCGAUGCUGAUCUGGCGUACACGGCUGGUGAGCUUGUCGACGGUGCGAUGUUCAACUCGGGUCAGAGUUGCUGUGCAGUCGAACGCAUCUACGUACACGAAGCCGUAUAUGACGAGUUUGUCUCCAAGUUCGUCGAUGUCGUCAAGGGUUACAAGCUCGGUGACCCGACAAGCAAGGAAACGAACCUUGGUCCUGUCGUUAGCCUAGCGAGCGCUGAGCGCAUCCGCAAGCAGGUUGCGGACGCGAUCGCUGCUGGUGCGAAGGCGCUCAUUCCGGAGGAGCCGUUUGCGAAUGCAGCCGGGACGGGAAAACUGGCUGGGACGGCAUUCGUCGCCCCGCAGGUACUCGUGAACGUCAACCACACGAUGGAGGUGAUGACCGAAGAGACGUUCGGACCCGUCGUCGGCGUCCAAAAGGUUUCGUCUGAUGACGAAGCUCUCGCAUUGAUGAACGACUCUCAGUACGGGCUCACUGCAUCAGUGUGGACAAAUGCCGACGCCAAUCCGGACUCGGAGACAGCGUUCUUGAAGCUUGCUGACGAGAUUCAAGCCGGAACUGUCUUCCUCAACCGAUGCGACUACCUCGAUCCUGCGCUUGCGUGGACAGGUGUCAAGAAUUCCGGCCGCGGCGUCAGCCUGAGCUCCUUCGGCUACGACCAGCUCACGCAGCUCAAGAGCGUACAUAUGAAGAUCAAGACAAGUUGA